AUGACCCAGCUCUGCUUACCCAGGCCCAAAGCCCUUGCUUAUCCUAUCCCAGUCCCUCCCAGGGGCCCGGGUGCGGGGGAGGGGUCGUGUAGUCCAGUGGGUCCACGUACGUCCCCCUGGGGCCCUAACCUGGCCCAGCUCCUCGACAGCGUCCUAGGGCUGGGGGCACUGGGGCUGAUGAUUCGGACAGUCUUUUCCACGGCUGGCCCAGCCUUGCUGCUGCUGCUCCUGGUCAGUUUCCUGGCCUUCGACCUGCUCCACUGGCCCGCAGACACCCCCGGGCCACAGCACACACUUCUCACGGGAGGCCGGAGUCAGGGGGCCGGUGAGGGUCCGGGACAGCGGGAGGCUGUCCUCCUACCUACGGCGGCGGUGGUCCCAGGAAGACUCAGCCCCCACGAGGCCCUGCUGCUGCUGCUUCUGGGCCUGGGCUUGUUCCUGGGAGUGCGCGGCGUGCCCGUGGCCCUGCUCGGCCUGGCUUUCUGCCUCCAUCCUUGGGUCUGAGUGCCCUCCAGAAAUACACUGGCCAUGCUGCUUCCGAGGUCUCCUUUCCUCCGUCCUGGGCUGAGCACGCAGGAGCGUACCUCUGAGCUCAGGGGACCUCCGGACCCAC